AUGUCCCUUCCCUUUCCAGACAACCACUUCGAUGCCAUCACAAUGGGAUAUGGUUUGCGAAACAUUGUGGACCGAGGUCAGGCUCUGAAGGAGUUGCAUCGGGUGCUAAGGCCAGGCCGGCGGGCUGCCAUUUUGGACUUCAACCAUUCCAACGACAUCCUGGUGGAUGCUUUUCAGGGAUUUGCCUUGGAGCAUCUUGUUGUCCCAGUUGCCCGUUUGUACGGCUUGGAGGACGAGUACAAGUACCUGCGACCUUCAAUCGAGAACUUUCCCUGUGGUGCCGAGCAGGAGCGCCUGGGCCGUAAUUCGGGAUUCGCAACGGUCAGGCAUUAUGAAAUUGGGUUCAAGCUCAUGGGUAUUUUGCUAUGUCAGAAAGGACGCUGA